AUGGUGACAAAACGGGCUGUUGUGCUGUCUGUGGCAUUUUGUGAAGCCGACUCUGGGAAUCCACCAUCCCCUCAGCCGUUGACUCUUUGUCUCCACAAGCGGGACUUCCUUCCUGGUCAAUGGAUCGUGGACAACAUCAUGAGCGCCAUCGAACGCAGCCGCCGAACCGUGUUCGUGCUCUCUGAAAACUUUGUCCAGUCCGACUGGUGCCGCUACGAGCUGGACUUCUCACACUUCUGGCUCUUCGACGCUGGAGGCGAUGCAGCCAUCUUGAUCCUUUUGGAGCCGCUGUCCAAGGACGACGUCCCAAAACGUUUCUGCAAACUGCGCAAACUCAUGAGCUCCACCACCUACCUGGAGUGGCCUCAGGAGGAGGAGAGGAGGGAGGAGUUCUGGAGGAGUCUACACAACGCUCUGAGAGGAGAAGAUAAGUGAGAGCAAAAGGAAAGAAAGGAUCAAAAGGAAAUGAGAGGAACAAUAUCUCCUUCAGAUAGACCUGGAGUCGCAACAAAUACUGAACCGCACCAGCAACUCAGAACUUUCAUAAAAUUUAAUCUAUAAUGGUUUCACUUAUGUACAUUCCCAUUCAUAAUGUGUGAAAGCUGUUUAAAACUUUUAUUUUAAAGUGUCCAUCUAAUCCCUGGUGUCCCUUUUGGGUCUCUAUAAUUUUCUCUAGUGUGUGACUUUGAAGGCCCAUUUAUGCUCCCUUAACGUGCAUAAUAAGGUACGUGCUUUACAUUGGUUUUAUUUUUCUAACAUGUCCACCAGAGGGCAGUGCAGAGUUCAGAGCUACAAGUUCCAACAUCAGCUUCAGACAACAAACAUAGAGACGAUGAAAAAGGU